ACCGGGCGCCGCGCCACCACCUGCGGACCUCACCUGAGCACGCGAGGAGCCGCGUGGGGAGGGGGUCCACGGUAAUGACGGCGACGCGGGGGAAAGGGGCGCUCUUUUAGGGGCUCUCGCGCGCGCUUUUUUAGGAGCGGCAACCGCGGCAGCGGCAACCAUGGACUGCUUGCUGCUCCUCGUCUGGACCCUGGCCGCUCCGGCCGGCCUGCGCUCCACGCUGCUCACCUGGACCUUCAUCCGGACUCUGCACGCGGGCUGCACGCACUCCGCCCGGGCGGUGUCGGCCACCUCCGGCCAGGGUCUCAACCACGACUACGCCUUCGCCACCCCGGUGGAGGUGGACGCUCUGGGACGCUACCUGAGCCACGACGUGGGCCGGCGAGGACGGCGGGGCCGGAGGUCGGCCCCGGCGUCCCUGCACUACCGCGUCUCGGUCUUCGGCCGGGACGUGCACCUGGACCUGGAGCCGUCCCCGGUGGUGGGCCCGGGCUUCACCGUGCAGACGCUGGGCUCGGAGGGCGUCGCCACGGUGACGGAGGGCGACGGAUUCCGGGGAUGUCUCUAUCAGGGAUUUAUUCGGAACCUGUCCUCGUCCUCGGCGGCCAUAUCCACGUGUUCGGGACUGUCAGGUCUGAUCCGCGUGUCCGAGCAUGAGUACUUGAUCUCUCCUCUACCUCAGCAUCUGGCCAGACGUCACAACUUCAGCGCGCCCGAAGGCCACCGGCCCCACGUGCUCUACAAGCGCUCCGCCCAGCACGCCGUCCACCACCCGGCCGGCGACGGCGCUCCGUCCGCGCCCGCCGGCCGUCGCCACGACGACCCACGCCCAGGCCCGCCUAAGCCACACUUCUGCGGGCGCCGCAAGCAAUACGCUCCAGAACUUCCCGCCGAGGACCGCUUCGUAAUGCCGGAUGAGUUCGCCGCGUCGGACGGCGAGGGUCCCGGCAGGCCCAGGAGGUCGCCCAUGGACUCCAACAGGGUGGGGGCUCUGAACGUGGAGACCCUGGUGGUGGCGGACAAGAAGAUGGUGGAGAAACACGGCCGGGACAACGUCACCACCUACGUCCUCACCGUCAUGAACAUGGUUUCCAGCCUCUUCAAAGACGGCACCAUCGGCACAGACAUCAACAUCGUGGUGGUCAGCUUGUUGCUCCUGGAACAAGACCCCCUGGGCCUGACCAUCAACCACCACGCCGACCACUCGCUCAACAGCUUCUGCCAGUGGCAGUCGGGCCUGGUGGGCAAGGGCGGGAAGCGUCACGACCACGCCGUCCUCCUCACCGGCCUGGACAUCUGCUCCUGGAAGAACGAGCCCUGCGACACCCUGGGUUUUGCGCCUAUAAGCGGCAUGUGCAGCAAAUACAGAAGCUGCACCAUCAACGAGGACACGGGACUCGGCCUGGCCUUCACCAUCGCCCACGAGUCCGGACACAAUUUCGGGAUGAUCCACGACGGCGAGGGGAACCCGUGUCGCAAAACCGAGGGCAACAUCAUGUCCCCGACUCUUGCAGGCAACAACGGCGUGUUCUCCUGGUCCACCUGCAGCCGGCAGUACCUCAGUCGCUUCCUGGGGACCACGCAGGCGUCCUGUCUGGUGGACGAGCCCAAGCAGAUCGGCCAGUACAAAUACCCCGAGAAGCUUCCCGGGCAGCUUUACGACGCGGACACCCAGUGCAAGUGGCAGUUCGGAGCCAAGGCCGCCUUGUGCCGCCUGGACUUUGUCAAGGACAUCUGCAAGUCGCUGUGGUGUCACCGCACGGGCCACCGAUGCGAGACCAAGUUCAUGCCCGCCGCCGAGGGUACGAGCUGCGGGCCAGACAUGUGGUGUUGGCGAGGUCAGUGCGUGAAAUACGGCGAGCACGGCCCCAAAGCGGUCCACGGCCAGUGGUCACCCUGGUCCCAGUGGUCGGAGUGUUCCAGAACCUGCGGAGGCGGGGUCAUGCACCGAGAGCGCUCCUGCACCAGCCCCAGGCCGCAGUACAACGGCAAUUUCUGCCCGGGCUCCAACCGUCUCAACCAGCUGUGUAACACCCGGCAGUGCCCGCACAACACGGUGGACUUCCGGACCCAGCAGUGCGCCGAGUACAACAGCAAGCCCUUCAGGGGCUGGUACUACAAGUGGAAGCCGUACACCAAAGUAGAAGAUGAAGACGUCUGCAAGCUGUACUGCACCGCCGUGGACUUUGACUUCUUCUUCGCCAUGUCCGGCAAGGUCAAAGACGGCACCUCCUGCUCCCACCACAAAGGCGACAUCUGCAUCGACGGAGUUUGCGAGGCCGUGGGCUGCGAUCAGAUCUUAGGUUCCAAAGCCUCUCUGGAUGCGUGUGGCGUUUGUAAAGGGAACAACUCCACCUGCAAACUGUACAAGGGCCAAUACACCCUGCAGCACAGAGCCAACGAGUACUACUCCAUGGUCACCAUCCCGGCGGGCGCUCGCAGCAUCCGCGUGGAGGAGAUGGAGGUGUCCAGCAGCUACCUGGCGGUGCGCUCGCUGAAGAGGAAGUACUACCUGACCGGGGAGUGGACGGUGGACUGGCCGGGCAAGUUCCACAUGGGAGGAGCCGUGUUCAGCUACCAGCGCUCCUUCAACACGCCGGAGAGCCUCCACGCCGCCGGGCCGACUAAUGAGACGCUGGUGUUUGAAAUCCUCCUGCAGGGCAGGAACCCCGGCGUGGUUUGGGAGUACACGCUGCCCCGCGCCGAGAGGAAGCCCGACUACAGCUGGGGCGUGGUGCGCUCCGACUGUUCCGCUCCAUGCGCCGGAGGUCGUAUCUCCACCAAGGCCAUUUGUCUGCAGGACCAGAAAGUCCACGUCAACUCCAGCAUGUGCAACCCGCUUACCAGACCUACCCUGGGUUCUCACCUGUGCAACACCCAGCCCUGCCCUGCAUACUGGUGGACCGGAGCCUGGGGGUCUUGCAGCCGCUCGUGUGGAGGAGGCCAGCAGAGCAGAAGUCUGCGCUGCAUGAGGAAGGUGACCUACCAAAGAGAGGAGGGGGCCGCUCACUCCCUCUGCCCCGUCAUCUCACCUGCUCAGGUGCAGCCCUGCAACACCAUGGCCUGCCCGCCGGACUGGAACACUGGAUCUUGGUCUCAGUGCUCCAAGACGUGCGGCCGCGGACUCAGGAAGCGUGGCGUGUUCUGCCAGGGCGGCGACCCCGGGGCCGGCAGGGCGGCGGUGGUGCCGGACAGCAUGUGCAGGCAGCACCAGCGGCCCAAAGCCCAGGAGACCUGCGUGCUGCGCCGCUGCCCCAAGAACGAGCGGCUCCAGUGGCUUCCUGCUUCCUGGGGAGAGUGCUCCAGGUCCUGUGACGCGGGUCUCCAAACGCGAGAGCUGCGCUGUGGGGAGAAAGACUUCCAGGGAGGGUUUGUGGAGUUUCCCCUGAGAAGGUGCAGGAAUCUGCCCAAACCAUCCGUGGAUCUUCAGCAGGUCUGCAACCGAGGUCCCUGCCCUGAGGUGCCUCGGAUCUUGGCGGGCAGGAACGCCCCGGGUGCUGUGGCGUCGGGCUGGUACUCAUCUCCGUGGCAACAGUGUUCCGUGUCCUGCGGCGGCGGCGUGCAUUCGCGCGGCGUCCAGUGUCUGCGCCAGGGCCGUCCGGCGGCCGGCUGCCUCCCGCAACUGCGGCCCCUCACCUCCAAGGCGUGCAACACUCAAUUCUGUCCCGCCGCCUCGCCGCAGCAACCCCACCAGAACCGGAUCCCGGCCGACGGCUCGACUCCGAGAGGCGAGCCCGCCUGCUCAGACCACUUCAGCUGGUGCCACCUGGUCCCCCAGCACGGCGUGUGCGGACACAAGUUCUACGGGGAGCAGUGCUGCAGGUCCUGCACCGGCAGGAGGUCCUAGAGGGACCCUGGACACCCCCCGCCCCCAUCCUUCAGCCCCCCCUCGGAACACGUGGAACGUGUUCUUCCUUCCUGGAGUACUUGACUGAAGAAGCCAGUGAAGAAGCGCCGCAGGAACGGACACGCCCCCGGAGGAGUGUGGCGUUUACUGUCUGUCGGACAUUUGAGCGCUUUUUUUUUUUUUUUUUUUUUGUUGCCACAAGCCAUCGUCGUGUCUGCUUGGAAGUCUUCCUCUAACUUAUAUCUGAUCCAACAUGUGGACCUUCUCCUGCAUGGUUUCGGUCUCUGCUUGUGUCGCUUCCUGCUGCCGGAACAUUCCACGGUUGUAAUCUGUCCUCUGUGGCUAUGAUAAAACAGC